AAUUUUACAACGCAUUGGUUUCUUUUUGUACUCUUUCUGUCUGUGUCUAGGCGAGGUUCAAUUCGUCCUCGACUGUGACGCCAUUUUUUUAAAAUUUAAAGCUGCGACUAACAGAGAGAGAAGAAGAAGAAGAGAAAAAGACCUUCCCUGUAUAAUUCUAAGAAGGGAAAAGGAACCUUCCCCGUACAGUAUCCUCCGCCCGUAAUAGAAAAACGAAAUAUAAAUCCUAAACGCGCUUUUCAUUUUGCUGUAACUCUGUUCGUCUCUCAGAUCGGUAGUUUUCACGAGUUCAAAAUUUCCGACUGGUUAGUUCAUACUCUCAAACAGUUUCUUGAUAGAUCAGCUAACUUUUACUUUCAUCUUCCUUUUUCCUUUUGAGAUUUUUGUUUGGUUCUUGUGAAAUUGGAGGCAACUGAAGGGAAAGAGACAGCGAGCAAGUCCAAAGCUGUGAUUUUUGUUUCACCGGCUGAAAAAGGUAUCCCUGCGGUUAAACAGCUUGCUUUGCAAUUGUUGUAUGGUGGUGUUUGCUCUAAUUAGCAGGACUUCAGUUUUCUGAGGGUCCUUUUUGCAAGAGGGACAUCAAUGUGUAGAAAUGUCCGAAGCGGAGUGUCUUUUACUUGUGAAAAUGCCAGAGAUUCAAUUGGGUGCUCACACUGUAAGAUCCCAUGGGGUUAAAGUUGCAAGGGCUCACAUGCAUGACUGGCUCAUUCUUUUGCUUCUCAUUGUGAUAGAUGUCGUUUUAAAUGUUAUAGAACCAUUUUAUCGCUUUGUUGGAGAGGAUAUGAUGACUGACCUGGAAUACCCCUUGAAAGACAAUACUGUUCCCUUUUGGGCUGUUCCUAUUAUCGCAAUUAUACUGCCAUUUUCAGUCAUUCUUGUCUAUUAUUUCAUCAGAAGGGAUGUUUAUGAUCUACACCAUGCCAUACUGGGCCUUCUGUUUUCUGUGCUUAUCACUGGAGUUAUAACUGAUGCUAUUAAAGAUGCUGUUGGUCGACCUCGUCCAGACUUCUUUUGGCGUUGUUUCCCUGAUGGGAAAGGGGUGUUUGACCCUGUGACAAAGAAUGUUAUGUGUACGGGAUUACGGAGUGUCAUCAAGGAAGGACACAAAAGUUUCCCCAGUGGUCACACUUCAUGGUCCUUCGCAGGCCUUGGUUUCCUUGCAUUGUACUUGUCUGGAAAAAUUCGGGUAUUUGAUCGCAGGGGCCAUGUUGCGAAGCUAUGUAUUGUCUUCCUACCGUUACUUAUUGCUGCUUUAGUGGGAAUUUCUCGAGUUGAUGACUAUUGGCAUCAUUGGCAAGAUAUAUUUGCUGGGGGACUUUUAGGAAUAACAGUUUCAUCAUUUUGUUACUUGCAAUUCUUUCCACCCCCGUAUGAUGUAGAAGGCUGGGGACCUCAUGCGUAUUUUCAGAUGUUGGCAGAGUCUCAAAAUGGCAAUCCAUCCAACGGCAUCAAUGGUCAAAAUGUACAACAAUCAGAGCUUGAGAGUGUAUAUGUGGAGUCGCAGCACGGCAGGGAACUAUCAAGAGCCAAUACUCAUGACUCUAGCCCUAUUCUCGAUGGAAUGAAUGACGGAAGGAGGUAUUGACUGUUGAAUUUAGAGUGUGUAGAGAAGAGUAGACAUAAUCAGCAGAUGUCUAUAGUCUUUGAGAUUAGAACAAUGUUUUGCCAUACACACGUUAGACAUUCAAUAUGGAUUUCCUUCUCCUUAAGUGAAAUUUGUUGAUUCAUUUCAAGAUUAUGUGUUGAUGAAGAGAACGUGUUGGCUUUAUUCACAAUUGAAUCAAACCAUGCGAUGCCACCAUCCCCCCUUCGCCACUAUGACUAUAAUUAACUUGGAGGGCACCCAGCCGAGCUUAGUAGUAGGUUUUAGUUGAACUCGGCUUACCUAAUAUCAAAGUAUGAUUGAAAUAGCUUUGUGAAUACUCUUAUUACUAGUAUUAUAAUUUCUCCCAUUU